AAUGGCAGGUAAAUUUCAGGCGGGAAUGUCUAAGGAGGAAUGCUUUGAAAAACAGUUAGAGGCGUCUUUAGAGUUUGCUUUCCGGAAGAUAAAGGUCAAAAAGUAUGGCGAAACUAAAGGCAGUAGAGAAUUACUCACAAAAAAUUGGAAUAGAGUAAAAUGCUUCACUUCAUCUUUAUACAAAUCAUUUCAGAAGCUGAGCAUUCACUUUUCGAAAUGUAUCGAUGAAGAAUUUGAACUAGGCGGCAUAGUUCAACAAUUAAAUUUUUAUGAAUUUAAUCUGAGAAUUCCAAUGAGUAGAUCAAUUCAUCAAGAUGCUUUUCAGAUUUUGUCUGGAAUCCAUAAAGGAAUAUCUUCAGGAAGAGCCGUUUACCGAUUUUCUGAUAAAUUGACAGCUGAAGAAAGUAGAGCAGAGCUAAGAAAGUGGGGCCAUCUGUUGAAUGAAGAUACUAAACAAAUAAGUUCAGCUUAUGUGUACUUUUACUUAAUUAAAGGAGUACAGGAAGUUAUUAAACGGGCCACGUUCAAAAUUGAAAUAAUUUCGAAAGUUCCAAUCUUGCAAGUUUCUUUGGCUUGUUCCCAAAAUAAGAGUGUUGGUAAUGAUGAUAAAAAUCUAGAUGCAAAAAGCAAUUACGUUACAGUAAAUAUAAUUCCGGUUAUUAGAGGUAAAGGAUGGCCAGCAGGGGCAAGCGUCAAUAAUCCAAUGCCCAAAAAACCACCUAUGUGUUUCGAAGGUACCAGGAUUUUGCAUAAAAUAAAAAAUCAAAUUGAUUUCGGAAAUAUUUUGUGGAGUUUAGAAGGUCAAGUAACUGACGAGAUUUUACAAGUUUUCCCAAGCGCUUCAUUGAAGCAGUAUAAAAAACUUUUAUUGGAAAAAACGUUUCCUGGCUAUUGGUCCAUAAAUUUUUUACCUGUUUUGAAGUUGUAUGUUCAUGAGAUAUUUCGUAUACCUCAUUUAACUCAACUACAAAAGGCAAUAAAACUGUUUGAAAAUUUAAGUCUUACCAAAAAUACUUUAAAGAUUCUACAACAAGAUAUCAUUUGUAACAUCACCUUAAAAAUUUGCCGACAACAUGCAAAUGCUAAUUUCUCAUUAGCUGUUUGGUUCAUGUUAUUUUUAGACUACAUGAUCUUUUUUGUCGCUUCCGGAAAUUUACCUCUCUUUCUGGACAAAAGAAUAAAUAUGCUAGCCCAUGUCGAGGAAGAUAAACUCUCCACUUUAAGAGUAGAGCUUCUUAAUUUGAAAAUGACCAUUUGUGAAAAUCCUAAAAAAGUAGAACAGAUGUUUUUACAAAAAUGUCCGAUUGCUAUCGAAAAAGUACAGGAUGAAGAACUGGAAGGAGAUGACCAUACUUAUUCUCCAGGACACUUGACACCUGAGGGUUCUAGUUUAUGGUGUACUUCUUUCAAAGAUAACAAGAGUGAAGACACAAUGUCAAUGAUAUCCAGUAAAAGGGCAACAAAAGAACAAUUAGAAAACAUUGAUGACAAAAUUUCAGUCAGUGAAGAGAUUACAAAGAAUUUUAUAGAGACAAAUUGCUUAGAGCUAGAAAAUCUUCUUACGAAAUAUCCCAAUAACGAAAAUAAUAAGGAUUGUAAUGUACCCCCCGAAGGAGAAGAGUUAAUUCAUAUAAAGGAUAAGGAAUUACUUCUUAGUGAAAACAAAAAUGGGAAAAUUUCGGAAGAGCUCUGCGAAGGUAUAUGGGCUAAAAAGGAAUAUAGAGCAUAUUCGUCUUCAUCUAGUUAUGCUGAAUCAUGCGGAAUCAUUUCUCCUUUACAAGAGAGAAAAUUUCAAGAUCCAUUUGAAAAUCGCAUGUUGCCUUAUCAUCCGGAAGACCACCCUUCAGCGAGUAGUAGUAGCUCCAUGAGUACUGAGUUAGGAUCGAGAGAUGGAGAUAGAAAUCUCACAACAGUGCAAGAAGAGAGUGAUGAAAAAGAGCCUUUGAGUGACAUGAGUAGAUUAGAACAUACUCCAAAAAAUUUAAAUAACCAGUAA